GCCGCUGUUGCAGUGAACAUCGAAGAAGAAUUGUCGGAUAGAGCUUAAAGAAAUUCGGAUGCUGCUACACGAAUAAUCCCAUAACGGAAGCGCAUGAAUAUCUCGAAAACGCAGCUCUUGAAGGCAUGCUGCCGGUUGAAAGGAUGUUGACAGGAGCAGGGUCCGGAGUAAGUACCUCUGUCGGCCUUCCACAGCUCUAUUCCCGAUAUGGCCGAUUUAAAUCACGUGACAGUCAGAUGACCUACUCUCAACCUUGCACGACCUGCCUUGGCACUGAUGGCGGGGUCAGUUUGUAUCACCGUUUGAUAUCCAGUCAAUACUGAAGUGGUUCAAAGUUUGCCGGUAAACUAGCUGUGUUCAGAGGAAAUCCCUUGGGUUUACCAUUUCCCAGUUGGCCACUAAAGCAGUCCCCAAGCCAACGCAUCUUCUCAUAUAUUUCCCUUGUUAUGAUAGCUACGAAUCAAUCUGUACUAGGAACCGUGACUUUCGGAUUUGUUUACGAACUACAACCCGGACUUGUCUGGUCGGAUCGCGAUUCUUCUCAUUUUUCACUCAGCGAAUAUGGCACUUCCGAAGCGAAUAGUAAAGGAAACUGAGCGCUUGAUGGCGGAACCUGUUGCUGGCAUCAAUGCAGUUCCUCAUGAAGAUAAUUUGCGAUACUUUGACGUCAAAAUACAUGGUCCUUCUCAAUCUCCAUAUGAAGGUGGUAUUUUUUCGUUAGAAUUGUUUUUGCCGGAUGAUUAUCCGAUGACUCCUCCGAAAAUCCGGUUCUUGACAAAAAUAUAUCACCCGAAUAUAGAUAGACUGGGUAGAAUUUGUCUUGAUGUAUUGAAGAACAAUUGGUCCCCUGCCCUUCAAAUCCGAACAAUCCUCUUGUCUAUUCAGGCUCUAUUAGGUGCACCGAAUCCGGAUGAUCCACUAGCAAAUGACGUCGCUCAGCGGUGGAAGGAAGAUGAGCAAGCCGCUAUUGAAACAGCCAAAGAAUGGACAAGAAAAUAUUCUACUCCAGCAUAGAUCUUUGGCUAAUAAUAGAGUUAACAAAGUCCAAACGCGAACUUCGCAGAAACUUCGAAUGGGAUAUCUUUUAAACCCUUUCUGAAUAACAUGGGACCCUUAUUUUUAAUAACGAGCCGUGAGGCGUUGAAGCCCAGGUGCAUUGUGUUAGAUAGCUUCCGAGAUUAAACUCCGGAUAGAGCGGAUACAUCAUACUAAUUUCUUUGCUAUUCAA